AUGUCUUUAUUAUCGAUAUUAGUUGUUGGCGCUACGGGUAAUACAGGAUCAUCUGUUGUUAAACAUUUAUCUGGACUAAUUUCUAAUUCAUCAUCAUCAUUGGAUCAACAACCUUGGCAAAUAAUUGCUCUUACUCGUGAUGCAAAUAGUACAGCAUCGAAACAAUUAUCUCAACUUAAUCAUGUUGAAAUAAAAGAAAAAGAUUGGACUGCAAUCGAUAGUACUUGGUUGAUUGAAACAAAAAUCUCUCGUGUAUAUUUAGCACCACAUAAUCUACCUCAUCAAUUUAAUGAUGAAAGUAAAUUCAUAGUUGAAUGUAAAUUAGCAAAGAUUAAUUAUCUUGUAAAGUUAUCAACAAAUAUUCAUUAUGUUACACCAGAUAAUCCUGUUUAUUACGGACGUGCUCAUUGGGCAGUAGAACAUUUAUUAGAACAAAAUGAAUUUAAACAAUUAAAUUGGACUGUAUUACGCGCUAAUUAUUUUAUGAAUUCACUGAUAUUACCAGCUCUUGGAUGGUUAAAACAAAAGAAUACAAAUGAUCCUUUACCAUUGAUGCUUGAUGAACAUGCUCCGAUUGCUAUGAUUGAUCCUCAAGAUAUAGGAGAAGUUGCAGCUAAAUUAUUAUCAUUAGAAGAUCCAUCAUCACAUUUCAGGAAAAAGUAUAAUUUAAGUGGACCGGAAGAUGUUACUGGUAAAGAUGUUGUUUCAAUACUUGAACAAAUUACUCAGAAGAAAAUUCAAGUUAACUACAGAGAUUUAACUUUAUUUAAAGCUUAUACGGAGAAAAUGGGUUAUCCAAAGAGUGUUUCAGAUUCGUUAGAAUCCGGAAGACGUGAUAAUUUAUGGAUAGGAUUAUCACGAUUAGAAAAUACACCAACAAGUCCAGAAAUCUUACAAUUAGCACCACCUCAUUCAACAAUCAAACAAUUUAUUCAACAAGCUUUUAAUCAAUAG